AUGUCUCACAGCUCUAGCGAGUCUCUAUUUGUCAGUCCCGAACUGUAUGAGGAUCAUGGGAUGCACAUGCAGGAAUUUUACGAUAACGAAAUUGAGUCCUAUGUGCAUAGAGGGGGAAAGAGGAGGCGCAACAUCCGCAGAGGUGGAAGGGGCAGUAGCAGGGGUUCUAAAAAUGUUUUAUCUAAAAUUUUUAUGCUCUCGUCAUUUUCUAGUUUGUUGAGCAGCAGCCCCACCGAGGGCAUAAUGGAGAACCCGAGAAUCCCCGGGCACCAAAUAAACGCAUACGGUAACUAUUACAGAAGGGUCCCAAGGAAAAGCAAAUACCUACAGAUGGUGGACCACCUUAAGAGGGUGAGGAGGGGAAGCGUAACGGAUUCUGUACUGGGCGAUUACUAUAACCACGUCAGCAGCAACGAAAGCAUCGACCUCGGCAGUGAAUGGAGCAGUGGAAUCAGGAGUAAUGGUGAGAACGACAGCGUGUGGAACCUCUCAGACGGGUCCCUUGAUGAUAUCGAAAUAGGCGAGGAAGUGUUCGAGGACAGUAUUUUGAUAAACUCAAAUUACGAUAAAAUAAGGUUGCUCAAGCAUAACAAGGUAAUAGAAGACGACGAUGUUCCAGUCGAUUGCGAAGCCGCAGAUUUUUAUGCAAACAUGACGGAAGAAGAAAUAUUUGAAAGGAUUCAAAAUUUGGAUGACCCGGUGCCAUUCAGGGAUAUGUUUAUUGUGUAUAAUUCAUUUCACGAAAAUGAAAGAAAGAAAUUUAAAAAAAUGCAAAACCUUUUAAAAAUUUUUUUGGAAAGUAUGUCCAAAAAAGAACUUUUGGAUGAGGAGUAUAGGAAAGAGGUAUGGACUCAUAUCUCCUCCUACAUGAUUCAGGAAUUGUUAAAAAAAGAUUUUGAAGAUUUUAAGUCUUUAUAUAAAUUGGCGGAUAUGGGAGAAUGUACUAUUGAUGAGUAUGUGCACUUCAUAAGGGGGAAAAAGUCUUCUUGGAAAUUCUUUUUGCGCCAUAUGGAUGGCAUAGGGAGGAACAUGAUAUAUGACGCUGUAGCGAGGGGUCCCCACAAGAGGAGGGAUCAAGCAGUCAGUUGA